CAAACAUUUACGUUAAAUCAUAUUUACUAUCAAUAUAUUGAUCAAUCUGGGUUUUGCAGCCCGAAUAUCAGUGCAUGGUCCAAGGUAAAUUAAACAUACAAUAUGGCAACAGUUUCAAAAGUUUGCGAUGGAUGUGAUGAACUUGCGGAAACAUUGGAAGUAUUUUGUGCAAAUUGCGACCAAGCAUUUUGUCACGAGUGCACGUCGUAUCACAGAAAACUGAAGUCUACCCGCUCACAUACCCUGGUGGAUGCAUCACACGACAUAACCGACUAUAAUGUAAGCUCAGUGAAUGCCAAUUGUGGUAAUGACUGUGGUGAACCGGCAGUAAGUCUUUGUAUCGACUGCAAACAGUUACUUUGUACCAACUGUACAAACAAACAUUCCUCACUUAAAGCAACGAAACACCAUAUCGCCAUCGCAGCUAAACAACUACCAAUAGAUGAAACCAUAUCAGUAGUGUCCGAUCGUCAAAGUGUUGGCGCUGAUCGCAGGUCACUGGCAUUUACUCAACAACGUGAUGAUCCAUUUCAAGCACAAGUACAAGAUAACGGUCCAUUCAUGGGACAAUUUGCGAAUGAAUUAAUGAGCUCUGCUCCUGCUGAUAAAGAAGUUACGAGGGUCCGAGGAAUAGCAAUUCUGUCUGAUGGUAAAAUUGUCGUUGCUGAUUACAAAAAUCGAAGUUUGAAGGUAUUCAAACGUGAUCUGAAGUUUGAAAUGGCUAGAGAACUGAAAGACGACCCAAGAGGUAUUUCAAGCACACCAAAUGAUCUCAUAGCGGUAACUAUUGCUGAUAAAAAGGAGAUAAGAAUUUUCAGAAUUGAUAAUAAGAUACGUACGUAUAAAACAUUCAAAGUAAAAGAAAAACCAUACAGUAUUGCAUAUCAUAAGGAACAUUUUGCCGUGGAGAGUGGAGAAGGGGAAGAUGGUGCCAUUCGCAUUUAUGAAUUGGGCGGAAAGGAGUUGUUUGUCAUACCAGGAAAUACAAGAAGUUUUGGGCAGUUCACCGGCAAUACAAUACGUCUCGCUUUGGACUUUGUGAAAAAGAUCGUAUUUGUUGUAGAUAUUGUAAAUGAAUCCAUUCACAGCGUUGACUUUAAAGGGAAUUUAUGUUGGUCAGUAAAAGUGAAGAGUCCACGGGGAAUCGUUAUGUUCAAUAAUAUUCUGUUCGUGGCAAGCAGUGAAGUAAACAGAAUAUAUCAGAUGAAUACAACUGAUGGAUUGAUUUAUCAUCUUCUCGACCAGGAUAAUAGAGUUAAAAGACCGAGGUAUCUUGCAUACCAACCAGAAUUGAAGAUUCUUGCUGCAGAAAUUGAUGGCAACCAUGUUAAACUUUAUAACAUUUCGAAAAGAUAGGGGUAAAAUUACCAGAAAAAGUUAUUGAAUUUUGAUACAGUAAUUCUGCAUUAAUUAUUUUUUUAAUUGCUUCAAUUGCUUCAAUUGCCAUAUAUAGUAAUUAAAUAAGAAAGCAAAUAUAAAACAUGUAAAUACAAUAUAUUGAUAUAUCAUAUCAUAGUGUAUGUCAUGCAGUACAAUCGUAUAUAAGUAUACGGAAAUGUUUUAAAUAUUUCAAGUUACACAAAGAAUAAUAAUGACAAAUGAAGGUAGUUUCUAUAUCACGCAUUUGUUAAAAUAUCAUAUCUAUAUGUAUAUUUAUGUCAUCGUCUUUAUUUUUGUCCAUACUUCGAUGUGUUAAAACACCGCUUAAUUUCACUCUCUGCUUUAUACAAAAAGGAUUUCCACAUUAAGAAGACUGUAAAUUUAUUAGAGUAAUAAAUGAAAAAAGUUAGUCCUCUUAGUUCCUGAGCAUUUCAUUUGUUUAUCUUUUUAUCAUUGUUUUUAUUAUUAUUAUUUUUAUUAUUAUUAUUAUUAUUAUUAUUAUCAUUAUUAUUAUUUGUAUUGUCUAUUUUGUAUUAAUUUACUCAAUGUAUGUAUCACCCAACCAUUGUAUGCUAAAUGUAUUGUGGUCCCUUUUCUGUACCUUUUUCAAUUUCUUUUAGAAAAUAAAGUAUUUAUUGAUUCAUCGAAACCUAUAUUGCUUGCGAUUAAAAAAUAAUCCCAA